CAAACACAGUGACAUAAACCGAGGAAGAAGAGAAACAGAGGGAGCGAGUGCAGUGGGAUUGCGAAUCAUGGGAGAGGUUGUUAUGUUUAUUGACGAUUUGAAAUCAAUUUCUGGGAUUUCUCGAUGCAGAAUAUGUCACGAAGAAGAAUUUGAGAGCUCAAAAAGCUUUGAAGCUCCCUGUGCUUGUUCUGGGACCGUCAAGUUUGCUCACAGAGAUUGCAUACAGAGAUGGUGCAAUGAGAAAGGGAAUACAAUCUGUGAAAUAUGUCUCCAGCAAUACGAACCUGGUUACACGGUUCCUCCCAAGAAAUUGCGGAUAAAUGAUGAAGCAAUGACCAUUCGAGAAAGCCUGCAAAUUUCAAGAAUGGAAGAAGAAGCGCUAAAUGCAAGACUAGAGGCAAUAGUUGAAAGAGUGGCAAUAGAAAGUGAGUACUCCGAAUGCACGUCUGCCGCAGAUCGAAGUGCAUCUUACUGUCGAUUCCUGGCCUUGGCGUUUACACUUUUUAUGCUCGUGAGACAUCUUCUCGCUGUGCUUACGAGUGGAACAGAAGAUUACCCAUUUACACUGCUGACCGUUUUAAUGCUGAGGGCUGGCGGAAUUGUACUGCCCAUGUUCAUAAUUAUUAGAAUGAUUGGAGCGAUCCAAAACAUAAUUCAGCGCCACUAUCAGGAUUCUGAAGACGGAGCAGCAAUAUCUGAUGGGUACGACAACGAAAACGGGCCACUGCGUGAUGUGAUUUUUAGACACACAUAGGCAGCCGACUUUGCUUUCACUUGUUUCACAGCAUCACGCUGAUGCUCUUGAUGAGUUCCAACACCUAUGGGACAUUAAUUUUACGGCAAAAAGUAAUGCAAUUCAUAAGUUAAAUUCGAGA